AUGGAGAAUGCAAAGUUCGUGGAGGAGGCCGGGUAUCGACUCGCAUCAGAUGAGAUCGAUCGAGGGUCGAGCUCGGAGGUGUACAAAUGCGUGCGGCAGAAGGAUGGCGUGCCCGUGCGGGUGAAGGUGCUGAGCCUCUCGUUCCCCAUGCCACGACAUCUCAGCAACUUCCAACACGAGUACAACAUCGUCGAGAGUCUCAAGACGGUGACGGGCGUGGUCGCCAUCUACGACCGCAUUUCACGACACAACUUCGAGGCCCUCGUCCUGGAGGACUUUGGCGGCGAUGACCUGUUCAAGUGUCUGGAGCGAGACGGCCCCUUUGCCGCUCAUCUCGAGCAAUUUAUCGACAUCGCCAUCUCGCUCGCCAUUUCUUUGGGCCAAAUCCACAGUCACUCCAUCGUGCACAAGGACAUCAAGCCCGCCAAUAUCAUAUGGAACAGACAGACGGGCGUGGUGAAGCUGACGGACCUGGGCAUCGCUUCGGUGGUGAUCCGCAGCAAGGACACCAACCAGGGCCGCGUGCCCUUCCAGGCCCUCGGGUCCCUGCCCUACCUGCCGCCCGAGCUGUCGGUGCGGACCGAGUCAAAGAGCAUCGACCACCGCAGCGACUUCUACUCCCUCGGCGUCUCCUUCUUCCAGCUCCUCACCGGUCGCCUUCCCUUUCAAGAGAAGACCCCCAUCCGGCUCCUCCACGCACACAUGGCCAAGCCCACUCCGCGCCUUCACGAAGUCGACGCACGGAUACCGCUGUGUCUGUCGCUGGUGGUGAGCAAGCUGAUGGCCAAGUCGAUGGAGAUGCGCUACCAGAGCAGUCGCGGCCUGCACGCCGAUCUGCUCUACUGCAAGCAGUGGCUGGAGGACAAGCGCGAGCAGCGCACGCCGGUGGUGGUGAACGACUUCGCGCCCGGCCGGUACGACGUCUCCGACGUCUUCUCGUUCCCGGCGCGCCUCUAUGGCCGCGAGCGUGAGAUACAGCUCGUCCGCAAGAUCUACGAAGUCCUCCUGGUCGCUGGCUAUUCAGGAGUCGGUAAGACGUCGCUGGUCAAUCAGCUGAAGGUGGUCAAGGACCAGUCGUACUUCAUCCAGGGCAAGUACGACUACAACAAGCGCGACGUGCCCUACUCGGCGAUCGCCAUCGCGUUCACCGACAUGAUUCACCAAAUCCUCUCAGAGGACGAGGAAAGCGUGACGUCGAAGAAGGAGCGCAUCCUCGAGGCGCUCGGCACCAACGGCCAGCUCCUGGUGAACGUGAUCCCCAGCUUGCAGCUCCUCAUCGGCGUGCAAUCCGCGCCGCACGUCGACCUCGGAGUGACCGAGAUGAAGACCCUCUUCAACCAACUCUUCGCCCGGCUCGUCGACGUCUUCUGCAGCUUCACGCCCGGGCGACCGUUGGUCAUGAUUCUGGACGACCUCCAUUGGGCCGACCACCCGUCUUUCCAGUUGCUCGAGAAGCUGACCUGCCGAUCUUCGCCCACGGCUGGGUCGCUCCUCCUGGUCGGCGGCUAUCGCGAUAACGAGGUCACCGGCACCACCCAUCCGCUCAACCUCUUCGUCAACGAGCUGCGCGAGAAGAACGCGUCGCUGCACCACAUCUGUCUUCAGCCGCUGGGCCUGAAGGACAUCAAUGAAAUGGUGGCCAACGUGCUCCACUACUCCGACUCGGACCUCACCGAAGCUCUGUCCAAUCUGGUCUUCACCAAGACCAAGGGCAACCCCUUCUUCAUUAUCAGCUUCCUCACCAAGCUCUACCAGUCCGAGCUCAUCUGGUUCGACUACAAUCGCGGAUCUUGGCAGUGGGACUUGGAGAAAAUACAGGCGACCGGUUUCACCGACAACGUGGUGGAAUUCAUGGCGCAGGACCUCGGCAACCUGCCGGCCAAUACGCUGAAGCUGCUCGAGGUGGCGGCCUUCUUCGGCAGUCGCUUCGACGUGAGGGACGUGGCUGAGUACAGCCAGUGCACCAUCGACCAGGCCGAGAACGAUCUCUGGCGGGCACUGCACGGCGGCUUCAUUCUUCGAUCGGAGGGCUUCGACUACAACUUCCUGCACGACCGCGUGCAGCAGGCGGCAUACGAGUGCGUGGACAAGGUGCAAAGGAAGCAGGCGCACUUCAACAUCGGUCUCUACCUCAUGAACAAGCUCAAGGCCACCGAGGAAGCUUCGGACGACCUGGCGGCGCGAAAGAAGAAUCUUUCGCACGAGUACACCGAACAGGACGAGCCGGCAGGGCGCUUCGACAUUUUCGAUGUGGUGUACCACCUCAACAAAGCCGCGGAGCUGAUCGGUUCGGCCGAGCAGCGCAUCCUCCUGGCCAAGCUCAACCUCAAGGCCGCCAUCAAAGGCAAGAGGACUCUCGCCUACGACAUGGCACGACGAGUGGCCGCGCAGGGCAUCGCCAUGCUCCCGGAGGGCUGCUGGACCACGCACCACAAGCUCACAUUUCAGCUCUACCUGGAGAGCGCGCAGUGCGAGUACUUGUGCAAGAACGUCGACAGGGCGCAGGAGCUGUUCGAGCUGCUGUGCGCGCAGGCGGCCGAUAUUUGGGAGGUCAUCGAGGUCUUCACCCACCGCAACCAGUUCUACAUUUGCCUGGAGCGCUACGAGGACCUGGUGCACUACGGCUUCGAGUGUCUGGCCACGCUGGGCGUGAGCAUCGAGCGCAACCCCACGCCCGAGAUGGUCGACGAGGCGCGUAAGAAGGUCUAUGACCUGAUGGGCGACCGCAAGGUGGCCGAUCUCAUCAGCAUCCCGCCUGCCACCGACCCUCGUGCACGAGGAAUCCAAAUCGUCAUCAACAAGAUGUGCAUCGGUCUCUUCUUCGUUGGAAAUCCCAACGUCCUGCCUCUCGCCCUGUGCACUGCGAUCCUGAUCAGCAUCGAGCACGGAAACGACCCCUCGACCGCCGGCGUCUAUGCGCACAUGCACCGACAGGCGCUCGAGGAGGCCUACGAAUGGGGCAAGCUGGGCCUGGACCUCUGCGAGAAGUACGCCCAGCGCCAGCAGCUGCCUGACCGCGGGCAGGUCUGGGAGCUCUUCUACUCCUUCGACGCAUGGCUCAAGAAGCCCCUGCGGUCCGUGUUCGAGGGCCUCGAGAAGGGUUUCAAGCUGUGCAUUGAGUCGGGCGACCUGGUCUACGGCACCGGCUGCGCCUACCACCUCCUCACGUCCCAGUGGUGCUCCGGCCUCUCGCUGCCCAAGAUCCUCUCCUCCAUCGAGCCCUACAUGAGCUUCGCGCGCGACGCCAACUGGAGCGAUCUGCUGGUGAUGAUGGAGACGAUCGAGCGACACGUCAAGCUCCUCAUGGACAAGCCCGUCCAGGAGGAGGACGAGGAGUACGAGCAGCGCAUCAUGAGCGGCGUGACUUCCGACAAGGUGCCCCUCAAAUACAGCAACUACUGCGUGAUUCGUAUGCAUUACUGCUACAUCAUGGGCCAGUACUCGGAGGCUCUGCAGAUGGGCCACAGGGCCGCGCGAGCGGUGGACGUCAUCCUCAGCUUCAAGGAGGCACCCGAGUUCUAUUUUAUUUAUUCGUUGACCAUUCUGGCCAUCUGCAAGGCCUCCAACCUGUUCAUCUCGCGUCAGGACAAGAUGAAGAUCGACAAGGACAACAAGUGGAAGCGCGUGCUCAGCAAACGUGACGACAAGCGUGUGUCGUGGUCCUCGUCGAACAAGGGCAACGGCGAGGGCAGGGACAGGAAGGGCGACAGCUACAACCUGACCAAGGAGAAGUACGAGCACUACAUCCGGAUCGUGCAGAAGAACCAGGCCAUGCUCAAGAAGUUCGCCGACAGCGCCCCCUGCAACUACUCCCAUCAGUACAUCCUCGUUGAGGCCGAGCUCACGCGGGUGCAGGAGCGGAUCAGAAAUGAGGUGAAGGAGAUCACGUCGCUGCUGCAAGUGCUGCGCAAGUACGAUGAGUCCUACGAGCUGGCGCUGCGCAACGGGUUCAUUCAGGACGCGGCGGUCGCCAAGGAGCUGGCCUGGCAGGUGCUCGAGGAGUGGGCCGGGCAGGCCCUCUCGCAGGCCGUCUACUGCUACUCCAAGUGGGGCGCGUCGGCCAAGGCCAAGGCCAUCACCCAGGCCACCUCCUCCUACCGCCGGCCCUCCGACGUCGCCUCGCAGGCCCCCAGCCCCGGCCCCUACUCCACCACCGAGAUCAUCUCCAGCGCGUUGGAUUUGGACACGGUGAUUGAGGCGUCGCAGCAGCUGUCGUCGAAGCUCAACUACAGCGACCUGCUGACGUCGCUGAUGGACCUGACCAUGUCCAACACGUGCGCCACCAAGGGCGUGCUCCUCCUCACCGAGGAGUACUGCGAGGAGGGCGUUGAGAUGGGGAGCAAGAGCGCCGACAGCGACGAGGGCAAGCCCAAGCAGCUCUUCCUCAAGGCCAAGGCCGAAUGCCCCCUGGGCGAGGUGGUGGUCAAGGUGCUCAACGUUCUGUUCAAGGGCGAGAGCGUGCACGUGCCCAACCGAGUCCUCAACUACUGCUGGCGAACCAAGACCAAGGUGUUGCUGCGGGACGCGACGCAGGACGAGAACUUCAGCAAUGACGUGUACAUCAGGAAGAAACGGCCGUUCUCGAUCCUGUGCACGCCGAUCACGUUCAAGGACAAGCACUACGGCAUCCUCUACUUCGAGAACGACGCCAACACGGGCAUCUUCACGGACGACCGGCUGCGGCUGCUGCAGAUCCUCACGUCGCAGUUCAUGAUCUCGAUCGAGAACUCGAUGCUGGUCGAGCGCCUCAAGAAGACCAACAAGGAGCUCAAGCUCAAGAACAACCAGCUCAAGGAGGUCGACCGGCUCAAGGACUCGUUCCUGGCCGUGGCCAGCCACGAGCUGCGCACGCCGCUCAACGGCAUCAUCGGCAUGACCUCGCUCCUGGAGGACACCAGCAUGACCGCCGAGCAGAAGGAGUACGUCGACAACAUCAAGGCGUCGUCGGAGACGCUGCUGGAGCUGGUGAACGACGUGCUCGACCUGAGCAAGCUCAAGGCCAUGAAGGUCAAGCUCGAGGAGAAGCGCUUCUCGCUCGCCGAGUGCCUGGAGACCUCGCUCAAGCUCGUCGAGUUCAAGGCCGCCACCAAGGGCCUCAACCUGGCCUACAUCGUCGACCCCGCCCUGCCCCAGUACGUCGUCGGCGACGACAUGCGCCUCCGCCAGAUCCUCCUCAACCUCCUUAACAACUCUGUCAAGUUCACCGACUCGGGCGAGAUCGUCAUCGUCGUCUCGCCCUUCGUCAACGCCUCCCCAUCUUCUUCUUCAUCAUCAUCUUCAUCUUCAUCUUCCUCCUCUUCGUCGUCAUCUUCGUCAUCGUCGGCCGUCUACCCGGCGUCGCGCGCGCAGAGCGGCGGCCUCGAGGGUCCCAUCAGGGGCAAGGACCACGGCAGCGGCGGGAGCAGCGAGGACCACGAGCGGUCGAGCUCGGACAUGGACGACUCGAGCACGUUCACGGGCGGGAGCAGCCUCGAGGAGGACGGGUCGUCGACGCAGGAGGAGGGCGCAGGGAAGCGAAGCCGCGGCAAGAAGGGCAAGGGCAAGGAGUCGGCGAGCGGCGACGGCAGCGAUGGGCUGAUCGAGAGCGAGGACCACCUGCUGCUGCACUUCGAGGUGCGCGACACGGGCAUCGGCAUCAAGGCCGAGGACUUCCACGUCCUCUUCAAGCCCUUCUCCCAGGUCGACACCUCCCUCUCCCGCAAGUACGGCGGCACCGGACUCGGUCUGUCGAUCUGCAAGCGUCUCUGUAAAAUGUUUCACGGGAAGAUAUGGGCGGAGAGCCGCCCGCAACGGGGUUCGAUUUUCCACUUCACCGCCCGCGUGGGCGUGCCGCCGGAGAGCGAGAUGCCGCUGCCGCAGCAGACCGACGGCGGCCUGUCGCAGGAGACCCUCGCGACCACCUCGGCGGAGCCCAACCGUCUGCCCAGCAUGCACGCUCUGCUCUACAUCGCCAACGAGACCAACCGCUUCAUCCUCCAGAUGCACCUCACCCGAUGCGGCACCACCGUGACGGUAGCGGAGACGCAGGAGGAGUUCUUCGGCGUGCUGGCCAAGGCCGAGAAGGGCCGGUCGCUGACCACCGCGGGCGGCGCCCUGGAUUAUGACGGCGAGCGACGGCUCGACUUUGCGGUGCUCGACACGGACACGCUGGGCAAGGCCGUGGCCUAUCUCACCUCGCGGCGCAUGUCGCUGCCCAUCAUCCUCCUCAGCGGCCUCAUCGAGAAGGAGACAGAGGACGUGCAGGCCUUCAUCCGCGUCUACCGGCGCAUCCACGUGCGCCUGCUCGACGACCUCAACGAGAUCGUGCUCGCCCUCGAUGAGAACCGUCUGGCGCGCCUCUCCGGCCGACGCGUCAGCAGCGGCGAGGCCUUCGCCUUCCACCGCCCCACCAACAAGGACAGCCGGGAGCACGGCGCAGUCGUCGCCUCGCCGACCCCGCCGGAGAACGCCGCCGCUACCGGUCGACACACUCCGCUGCGACGGUCCGACGAGCACACGUUCGCGGCGGCCCAGGGCGGCGUCGCUGCGUCUGCGGCGACGGAGGCGCCCGUGACCAAGACCGGCGAAGCUGUCACAGGGAGCGGCGACAACGCCAAGCCGCAGGGCAUCAACGCGGGCGGUGACCAUGGCGUCACUGCGACCGUCGCCGCACCACAACCGCCCACCACCGGCAGCGGCAGUAGCAGCAGCGUGCCUGGUGUGAGCGAGGGAGGUGCGGACAAGAACAACGAGGCGCCGCUGGUGUUGGUGGUGGAGGACAACGCCAUGAACCGGAAGCUGCUCUCGCAGAUCCUCUACAAGGCCGGCUACCAGUACCAGACCGCCGAAAACGGCGAAUUCGCCCUCCAGGCCAUCCUCAAGCACCGCUUCGACGCCAUCCUCAUGGACCUGCAAAUGCCCGUGCUGGACGGGCUGGAGACCACCCGCCGCAUUCGUACCAUGGAGGCAGGCACCACAUCGCGCACCCCCAUCAUCGCUGCCGUCUGGUGGGAACGCAACGCAGGCAUUACGGCGAGCGUGUCGGAGCAGGACCGGGCGGUGUGUCUGGGGGUGGGGAUGGACUCGUUCCUGUCGAAGCCCAUCAAGCGGGAACACCUCCUGCGCAUCCUGCGGGAGUGGACCGCCGGCCCCGACUGA